AUAUUCUAAUCGCGUGUCUUAAUUGCACGGCUAACUUCGCCAGCUCGGGCUCAAUUAUCACCUUACGAUUUCGAAGCAUCACCCGUCGAGUCCUGUCUAGGAUCAUCGAACAUUUCUGAAACAUGUGUGGGACUGUUUGCGGAAUGUGUGACAUCCUACAGUCAACAUCAUCGAGGUGAAGCGAGAAGCGGAUUAUUACAAGAGCGUGUCGCCUUCUCUUCAGUCACGGUCUUUCCAUCUCCGCAUUUCAGUGACAACUCUCAGUGGCACAACAGGAAUAGCACUAGAAAAUUUUUCCAGUGAAAAAUAUUUAUCAUACAAACUUACGAAAUUAUGUAUCUCUUCGAAAUUUUUUUUGUAAUUUAUGUGGUAUCGGCUCAAGAGUGUUUCGACGAUGGCAACGAGUUUUGUAUCAAUCAAAACGACAUACUUUCCGUGGAUCUUUUACCUGGAUCAUUUUUAUUUAACGAUCCAUAUAAAAAUUAUAAUGUUUCCAAGACAGCGACAAACGAAACGAUAGAUGGAUCUUUUGACAAAGCGUUAAAUGAGAUGGAUUAUCAUAGGAAAAGAAUGAAUGAAUAUCUUUGUCACGGCUAUAUGGCAGAAGAAAUUUUCAAGGAAGUGAGCACUCCUAGAGUGAAACGACAUCCCGAAUCUCUGCCAACUAAUAAUGUGCAUCACACUUUCUUAGGCAAUGACAAUGUCACGAUACAUGAUAAACUUCUGGCGGAUGAAGGAAGCUCGAAGUAUAAAAAUUGGUUGCAACGAACGACUACAUUAAACGACGUGUAUCGACACGUCGCUCCCCAUAAAAAGAUUAAAAAGAAGCAAGAUGACGAUAUUGAAGAGUUCGAUGGUGAGGUGACGGGUUAUGCAAUGCAAGCUCCUAUGCCAUCAAAUGGAAAAGUGGGCAUUUAUGAACCAUCCCAUAACGAUGACAUGUUAUCGUCAUCAUCGGGACAUCAUUUUCAUUAUGGACCUCCAUUUGGAUACCAUCAUGUUAGUCACUUUGGACAUCAUGGUGACUUCUUUCCAUCCAUUCAUGAGGAAUAUUAUUAUCCACCGAAUCAUCAUGAACAUCAGGAAGAAGAACAUAAACCCUCUUACUCUAAGGGAAAAGGCCACGACCUUUCGAUCAGUGAUUUUUUUGAAGUCGCGCUCACCGCGCUUGCAUUCUUGGCAUUUGGGCUAUUUCUCAUUCAGUUAUUGAUGAAUUGCACGAACAAUAAUGGUAUGAGUAGACGAUUAACUAAGCGACAUAUAAUUUCUUUCUCCUCGUCUGUGGCAAGCAAUGAAGAGUUGAAUGAUCUAGCCUUUCGCGUUUUAAAGUCUAUCGAAGCAGUUAUGAUCGCCGAAGCAGAUUCUGGUAAUUGUUUGCGCAGAAUAUUAUGUGAAGAUAAUCAAUUUUCCAAGGAAACUAACGACGAUCGUAGGAUUUGGAUUCCCGUUUGGAGCUUGGGCAUGAGUUGGUUAUCGGGUAGAGUGCUGCAUAAAACUCCAUGGUCGGCAAUGUUGGAUUCUGUGAAGGCGUCCAUACUGGGGUUAGGUGGAAUUGAUUGCGCUUCUUUUUACCCUGGGUGUGAUCUUGAGAAGGAAAGGAUUAAGAGACGUCGCAGGAGAAGGAAAUAAAAAUCGAUGCUUUAUAAAGUUUAAAAAAAAUUUAAAGAAAACUGAAUUAAA